UACUUGGAAGCACCUUUAGUGCGGGGAGGAGGGAUACCCCACCAUCUGAGUCUUUGGAGGGAAGAACUCCAAAGAGAAGUAGUUUGCGUCCGGCGGCAAAGCCGCUAUCUUGUCCGUGAUCUUCUCCAUCUUGUUCCCAGAAUCUGUUCCGGCGAAGUUACGGGAAAGGUGGUGGUUGAAGAAGGAUGACUGGGGCGAUAUCAAUCGGGGAGGGAAAGGUUUGGGCCGGAGUUUAACGGACCCUCCGAUUAACGGAAAGGGAAGCAUGCCAAUGACAUCUCCAUGAAGUAGGAUUACAUGACAUGGUCGAGAGCGACUAGGAUCAGUACGUCAGUGAUCUUAUUUGGAUCUGACCUUGAAAUAGUCGCAUGCUAUCUGCGUAAGCUACCCAAGAGAUGGGCCCAUUCUCGAACAAACUUACUCCCAGACAUUCAAGACGCCUUGUUGCAAACAUAGCAAACAUCAACCCGUUGUCGCAGAUUAGCGUAGUAUACGAUCAUGGAUGAAAUGCAGACACUCCGACAGCAAUCCAUGAUACUACGACUUUUAGACCUACAUUCGAGCAGCGAUCCUGGAUCACGGCACAAGAUGUCCCUGUUUCGACGCCAAUCGGCACUCUUUCACCAAAAUCGCCUUUCAUCCUCUUUGAAGCACAUGUCCCGCCGUCAUUUCUCCUCACCUCCUGCCUCUUCCACCCCAAAGGACUCUACAUCUCGUCUUCGCAAGCUGAACGAUCGCCUCCCGUCCUUCCUUCGCGCCUAUACAAUCCCGUUACUUGGGGCCCCGGGAACACAUAUUACCUCCUUUUUGAUCCUACAUGAAAUCACCGCCAUUGUACCCCUAUUUGGACUUGUGACGGCUUUUCACUACGGAAACUGGCUGCCAGACUUAACUUCUAGUAACGCCUUCGAAGAAGGAACCCGGCGAUUUGGGCGGUGGUUACAGAAGAAAGGCUGGGUGGAAGAUGUUGAUGUGGACGCCAUUGAGGUAGUCGGAGGUGUAAACAGCCAUGGCCCUGUUACCAAAGAUCAGAUGGCGGAGAGCGACAGGAAAGGUGUACGCCUGGUGCUGGAAUUUGCGACGGCCUAUGCGGUCACCAAGGCUUUACUGCCGCUCCGGAUUGCUGCAAGUGUCUGGGCGACGCCUUGGUUUGCCCGAGCCAUACUGAUACCGACGGGAAAAGGGUUAAAGAAGCUGUUAGGGAGAAAGUAGAGAGUUGAGGGUCAUAGUAUCACUACAAAUUCCGGACUGGUGUUAAUGAUGCACCAAAACCGGGAAGUACAUAAAAGUGUUUGGUACAAAGUACUUGGGCUCGUAGAUAUUGUAUAAUUUCUAUUUCUCAGGACGUCUUUUCUGGUUUAUCUCAUUUGCUGUCCUUACGGUUUAAGCCGUACCAGGG